AUGGGUCGAGCUCUUAUGCAUUCCCGUCAGUGGACACUUUUAAAUAGUGGAACUUCUACUUGGAUUAACCCUAUUGACAUACGUCAGGAGUCAAAGGCCAUGUCAUUGCAAAAAGAACAAAUAGAACUGAGAAAAACAGUUAGUGAAUUGAGGAAGAUAAAAGAAUCGGUCGAUAGGGCAUCCGAGUAUAAAGUCACUGCUGACAGAUAUCAAGAAGAACUAGAACAUCUCAGGUACCGGCUUCGAGACCUUGAAAAUCUGAAAUUCAUCAAUGAAAGAGUUGAAGCAGAUAACCAGUCAAUGACCGACAAACAAGUGCAGCUGGAAACCGAAGUAUUGAACUUGAGGGAACAAGUAGUAAACAUCAGAAAGAAAGAGCAAGAAGAGAGAGAGAGGGAAGGUUUAAUUGCACAGUUAAAUAGCAACUCAAAGGAAUUAGAAAUGGAAGUUAAGAGGCUCCAAGAAGCUUUACAGGAGAGUCAGAAUGAAUUGGAGAAAACUUGUCAGCUUUAUAAUGAAAGAGUUGCUGCUUUAGAAAGGAACAGUUCAUCACCAAAAGCUUUUUCUCCUCAGGGUGAAUGCAUGGGAAAAGUUUUCAGUGAUUUGAGAGUUUCUGAAUUGGAGUGUGUUCUAGAACAGUUAAGGUCGCAGCUAGAGAGUCAAAAAGAACUUAGCCAAUUUUUAGAGGUUAGUGAAGAUCUGUAUUAA